GUUUAGCUUCAAAUGGUAUAAAAGGCAGCGCUUUGCUGGCAUCUAGCAUCUCAGAUUUGACGAGAUUGGUAAAACGACUUUGCAACACCUAAUAAGAGAUUCAAGGGAAAGAUGAUCAAGUUAGCUUUCUUGGGACUUUGUCUAGUUGCUGGGUCUUCGGCCGUUUUGAACUGGGCCGGUAACCCAAUACUUCCAGGCUACCCAGCGGUCUUCAUCUCGGGUAGUUGGCCUCACUACUGUGACACUGUCCAAACAGAUGAAAAGCAAUGCUUCAAUGACUGCAUGACUGCCAACGGCAUGGCCAGGUAUAUCGACAUUGCAAAUGGCAACACUCCGAUAUGUCCACCGACAAAGCCGGGAUGUAAAAUCUCAUGGCGACAGACAGCAUGUCAGUGUGCUACGCGCUGUGAGUGCAAACUUGCGUAUUGCUUUGAUGAAAACUGCAUCUUUUGCCGCCAAUAAACCAAAAAUACCCGAUAAUCAAACGGUCAAGAGAGACAAAAUCAUAUCCAUGUAAAAGCUGAAGUGAAAUAAAAAAGGUCACAUGGCGGAAAA